UUGUCCAACAAUUGAUAAAUCACUUGAUGGGGCUGCAAAAAUUUCUGUCUCGCCAAUCUCAUUCUCUCUGUUUCUAGUUAUGGCAGCUGUGCCGGUGGCGCCCAAACUCAUGCACGCAGUUCAGUACAACUGUUAUGGCGGAGGAGCUUCUGGUUUGAAGCACGUUAGCACACCAAUUCCUGCUCCGAAAAGAGACGAGGUGUGUCUGAAACUGGAAGCAGCUAGUCUGAAUCCAUCUGAUUGGAAAGUUCAAAAAGGGAUUCUAUGGCCUGUUUUUCCCGGAAAACUCCCUCACAUACCUGUUAAUGAUGUGGCCGGACAGAUCAUAGAGGUCGGACAAGGCGUCAAAAAAUUCAAAGCCGGCGACAAAGUUGUGGCGUUGCUCAAUCUUUUUAAUGGAGGUGGACUGGCCGAGUUUUCGGUAGCUAGUGAGAGACUGACAGUUGCUAGGCCCCAAGAAGUUUCAGCAGCAGAAAGCGCUGGCUUACCUAUUGCCGGCCUAACAGCUCUCCAGGCUCUCACCCAAGCUGCAAACAUCAAGCUUGAUGGAUCUGGCCAGCAGAAGAACAUACUGAUUACUGCUGCCUCUGGCGGUGUAGGCCACUAUGCAGUCCAGCUAGCAAAGCUCGGAAACACUCAUGUCACAGCCACUUGUGGAGCACGUAACAUUGAAUUGGUCAAAAGCUUGGGGGCAGAUGAGGUUCUUGACUACAAGACCCCUGAUGGGGCAUCUCUCAAGAGCCCAUCUGGUAGGAAAUUUGAUGCUGUGAUCCACUGCGCAUCAGCAGGCAUUCCUUGGUCAACAUUUGAGCCUAAUUUGAGUGCAGAAGGGAAGGUUAUAGACAUUAGCGUCACUCCUAGCGCCUUGCUUACUUUGGUACUAAACACAAUCACCUUCUCGAAGAAGCAGCUGGUGCCGCUGCUCAUGAAUGCCGAGGCUGAGAACCUGGAGUAUCUUGUUAAGUUGGUGAAGGAAGGAAAGCUCAAGACUGUGAUUGACUCGAAGUAUGCUCUAAGCAAGGCUGAAGAUGCUUGGGCUAAGAGUAUAGAUGGGCAUGCUACUGGAAAGAUCAUUGUGGAACCUUAAUCAGAGAAAUUAUCUUUGGAUUUCUAAAUUUUAAGUACUAACUUUCGGCUUAAUGUUCAUUUUAAAGUGUCUUGGAUUACUCGAAACGUUUAGGAAUAACGAAUGAGUAAUUAAGAAAACAA